AAGUCAGAGGCUCAUAGUGGGUAGCUUCCACGCACUCUUUUAAUUGCCUCUUCAAUCCCCCAGCCACCUGCAUGUUGGAUUCUGCCGAGAUAGAGGUCACAGACAGACGCCUCCCUAAUCCUACCUUGGUGGAUCAUCCAUCCCAGCAUCGUCAGCCCAACACCUUGGGUACACGUACCACACGGCCUCAAAUGACCCAGGUUAAGGCACAUUGUGCUUUGAAGCAUCUUCAGGGCUCUGGUCAGUUCUGCGUAGAACUGGUUCGCGGCCCCGUGGGCUUUGGUUUUACUUUAAGCGGCGGACGAGAUGCGACUGGGAACACUCCAUUGGCAGUGGGUGAGCUGCUGAAGGAUGGGCCUGCACAGCGCUGUGGUCGUUUGCAAGCUGGGGAUCUCGUGCUUCGCAUAAAUGGAGAGUCAACUCAGGGCCUCUCCCAUGCCCAGGUUCUGGAGCAGAUUCGGACAGGCAGUCCCAGGCUCCAUCUCGUGCUUCGCAGGCCUCUUGUGACCCACCCUGGCAAACCUGAAGGGGUGUCAGGGCCCCAGAAAAGAGAUGAUCGCCCAGGUCCUGGGAGACCAGAGGUCUUGAGUUCUAGCAGUGCCAGCGCUUCCCCAUUUCAGCAUCUGGGAUCCCGUGAACCACCCCAAACCCGGGGCAGCCAGGAGCCUAGCCCAGAGCGAGCGGCCGACGACCCCGCCAUUUCUCCCUCAGAGCGCAUCACGGAGGAUCCCGGCGACCGAACCCCUGGUUCCCCGGGGCCCUGGCUAGUGCCGAGCGAAGAAAGGCUCUCGCGAGCCUUAGGAAUCCCGGGAUCCGCGCAGCUGUCGCUGGAGAUGGCAGCCGGAAGGCGGAGGCACUGAGCAGGCAUCAGACAGCUGGUGCUUUCUCGGCACUGCCCAACCUGGAUCUGGCGUCGUGGACAGAGCUUCCCUUCGGUUUUGUCCCCCCUGCUGCAGCGCAGUCGACCAGCCCGCGCUCCCCUCGCGGAGUCAGUGGUAUAGUCUUCCCAGACCGGCCAGCCCGGCGCUUCUUGUUUCAGGAGGGGGAGGUAAUAAAAUGG